AUGUUCUCUCAAAAGGUUGCCCAGCAGUCGCUGCGACGCCUCGCCGUCCAGCAGCCGCUUUCCAUGCAGUGGUCCAUGAUGCGCGCCUCCCCGGCCGCCAUGGCCCUCGGAAAGACUGUCCAGUCGAGACCCGUUACCACCUCCCCUAACAAGGAGGACCCAACCUCGCUUCUCGCCAAGCAGCGUCUCAACCGCCCCAUCUCCCCCCAUCUGUCCAUCUACAAGCCCCAGAUCGGCUGGAUCGGCUCCUCCCUGCACCGUAUCACUGGCGUCGCUAUGUCCGGACCCCUCUAUCUCUGGGCCACCGCAUACCUGCUCUCGCCCACCCUCGGCUGGCACCUGGAGUCUGCCUCUAUGGUCGCUGCCAUGGGUGCUCUCCCUGUUGCCGCCAAGGUUGCCCUCAAGGCUACCCUGGCCCUGCCUUUCACCUACCACUGCAUGAACGGUCUCCGCCAUCUGACCUGGGAUCUGGGCCGUGGCCUCACCAACAACGCCAUCAUCAAGUCCGGCUGGACUGUUAUCGGUCUGAGCGUCUCAACCGCUCUCGCCCUUGCCUUUAUUUGA